AUGGGCGGCGUCGCCUCUUGGUGCGGCACACGACGCGUCGAUACGAAUGUGACGUCGCAGAUAGUGCAACUGAAGGGCCAGAGGGAUGUAUUAGAGGAGCACCGCGCCUCCCUGGCGCAUCGCCUGGCGGAGCUUGAGGAGACUACUCGAAACCAUGUGCGCUCCGGGGAAAAGGAUAAGGCGUUGAUGUGUCUUCGCAAGAAGGCCCUGCUAAACGAGCAGUUGUCUAAGGUGGACACUUACCUCUACCAGGUGCUGACGGUGAUCUCGGAUACGGAGAUGGCUCAGGUCAACUUUGACGUAUAUAAGCACCUCAAGUUAGGUACCGAGCUUGUGGCCAAGAUAUCGCAAGACAUGAAAAUCGAAGAUAUCGAGGCUAUGAUGGAACUCAAGCAGCGGUGCAACGAUGAUAUGAUGGAGGCUAGUCAGAUACUGGCCCAGGGAUUCGCCGAUGUGGAUGAAUCUGAACUCCUGCAGGAGCUUGAUACGCUAUGUGGUGCGGAUGCAUCCCCAGCACCCGUAACGGCAGCUGCAACACCUACCACUAUUCAAGCAGCUGCAAAAGCAGACGUUCCGUUAACACAGGAACCUCUGCAUUCAAUCCCUUCCUCAUUGCCGGAAAAGCGGCAUGAGGCGCCCCGUGUAGGGCCGGCUCAAAAAGCAGCCAUUCCGUCCUGA